GCCCUCGCCCGCCCGCCCGCGCCAUGAACGAGGAGUACGACGUGAUCGUGCUGGGCACCGGCCUCACGGAAUGUAUCCUGUCAGGAAUAAUGUCAGUGAAUGGAAAGAAAGUUCUUCACAUGGACAGAAACCCAUACUAUGGAGGAGAAAGUGCGUCGAUAACACCACUGGAAGAUUUAUAUAAAAGAUAUAAACUGCCGGGAACGCCUUCACCAUCAAUGGGAAGAGGAAGAGACUGGAAUGUUGACUUGAUCCCCAAGUUCCUUAUGGCCAAUGGUCAGCUGGUCAAGAUGCUGCUUUAUACAGAAGUCACUCGCUAUCUGGAUUUUAAAGUAAUUGAAGGGAGCUUUGUCUACAAAGGAGGGAAAAUCUACAAAGUUCCUUCUACUGAAGCAGAAGCCCUGGCCUCUAGUUUAAUGGGGCUGUUUGAAAAACGUCGAUUCAGAAAAUUCUUAGUAUAUGUUGCCAAUUUCGAUGAGAAAGAUCCUAGAACCUUGGAGGGUGUCGAUCCUUUAAAAACUACAAUGCGGGAUGUGUACAAGAAGUUUGACUUGGGCCAAGAUGUCAUAGAUUUUACUGGGCAUGCACUGGCACUUUACAGAACUGAUGACUAUUUGGAUCAGCCAUGUUGCGAAACCAUCAAUCGGAUUAAACUUUAUAGUGAGUCCUUGGCAAGAUACGGCAAAAGCCCAUAUCUGUAUCCACUCUAUGGCCUGGGAGAACUGCCACAGGGAUUUGCCAGGCUAAGUGCUAUUUAUGGAGGUACCUACAUGCUGAAUAAGCCUAUUGAAGAAAUCAUUGUGCAGGAUGGAAAGGUGGUCGGUGUAAAAUCUGAAGGAGAAAUUGCUCGCUGUAAGCAGCUCAUCUGUGAUCCCAGCUACGUAAAAGACCGGGUAGAAAAAGUGGGCCAGGUCAUCAGAGUCAUCUGCAUACUCAGCCAUCCCAUCAAAAACACCAACGAUGCCAACUCCUGCCAGAUCAUCAUCCCCCAGAACCAAGUCAAUCGGAAGUCAGAUAUCUAUGUAUGCUUGAUUUCCUCCGCACACAACGUGGCAGCUCAGGGCAAGUACAUUGCCAUCGUCAGCACCACCGUGGAGACCAAGGAGCCAGAGAAAGAGAUCAGACCAGCUUUGGAGCUCCUGGAACCAAUUGAACAGAAAUUUGUUAGCAUCAGUGACCUCCUUGUACCAACUGAUUUGGGAAGUGAAAGCCAGAUCUUUAUUUCUCGUGCAUAUGAUGCUACCACUCACUUUGAGACCACCUGUGAUGAUAUUAAAGAUAUCUAUAGGAGGAUGACAGGGUCUGAGUUUGACUUCGAGGAAAUGAAGCGUAAGAAGAACGACAUUUAUGGGGAAGAUUAAGCUCUACAGGCUUUUCUGAUUAGGACACAGUUAAGGUUUGGCCAAUGAUGCAUAUUCUCUGAAACCUACCUUCAGGCCUGCUUUUGUAAUCUGAGACUGCUGAGCACUGCACCAGUCAAUAUUCCUCCCCUUUCAAUUAAUAUCAUGUAUUAACCUGUUUUUAUGGAGCGGAAUUGGCAGGUCAUCACAUUCUGUUCAGUUUCACCAACGCUGGCUUGCUCCUCCCAGUUAAAGAUCAGUUUUUUCUUUUUUUAAUUGUACUACUGAUACAAAGAACUUGAUACAGUACUUGUAUCUUUUAAUCAAUGUGGCCUUUGCAAUUAUGUACUUCUGCUCAAGAACUGGAUCAAGUACAGUGUGUACAUGCCAGCUGCCCUCUUGACGUUGAGAUUGUAAAUUGAAUAGCCUAUAACCUAGGACAGCAGCCCUGUUUUUCUUCCACAUUUACAUUGUGUCUUGUCAAGUAUUAUGCCAGUUUCCACCUGGCCCUGCACUAUGUUCAUGUGGGCCUAAAAUACAAAUCAAACUUGACUUCGUGAGUCAUUUUGGAGGAAGCCUGUGUGCAGUGUUUUAAUCUAUUAAGUGAUAAGAAACCUGGAAAGAUACGUUUCAUAAGACAAAAUGUAGAAGCGUCUUUUCGUAUCCUAGGUGUGGCUUCAACGGACCAAGCUGCCAUGCAGUAUUGAUUUGACAGAGCCCCUACUCCAAUGAUGUCUGUCUCAAAAUGGCUCCAAAUGAUUUCUGUACUGCAAAAUAAAGCCAAACUCUGGAAACCA